CAACCCACUGCGCCACCGCGCCCUGCUCCCCUCCGAAGUAUGCCAGAUCGAUGCCAUGCUGCACUGAAAAAGGAAAACUCAAAAUCAAACCCGUCGCCAUGGCAACGGCCCUGCCAGAUUCCACCAAUCAAUGGGGUCCGCAAGGGCUGCGAGUGAUGCCUAGAAGGACUGCCGUCCUACAUAAAGCACACGCGAGCUGCAGCCAGAGCACAACACGGGGCAAAACGUCCAUCAAGCAGCGAAGAGCCGCAGCACGAACGCUGGAACCCUGAGCCAGGAAGGAAUAUACAAUAAGGGGGAGGGGGUAUAGGAGGAGAAAUGGCCUGGACACUGCAAGGUGGAUCCUCUGGGCAGAUUUGCUGGAGGAUGCUGCUCAUCACUGUCUGCCUGCACACUGUGAUGGUCACUGAAGGCGCGCUGAAGCAGGAGGGAGCCCUGGAAAGCGGCUCUGCCCUGAUCAACCACUCAAUGGCACUCGUCCAGCGGCUGGAAGCGCUGUUUGCCCAGGGAAACGGCAGUGACGUGGCCCUGCGCGUGCACACAGCCAACUCUGAUGAGGUGAAGGUAAUACAGGCGCAUACACUGGUGCUGUCCUUGCAGAGCGAGGCGUUUGAGGACCUGCUGCAGAGCCGCAACAGCAGCGUCCUCACCCUGAGGGAGGCCCCUGAUUGUGCUGCUGUGUUUGAGAAAUUCAUCAGGUACUUGUACUGUGGUGAGAUUUCCCUGCGCCUGGAACAAGCUGUACCGCUGCACAAGCUGGCCAGCAAGUACCGUGUUUCGGCCCUGCAGCACGGACUGAGUGUUUACAUGACCCAGCACUUGGCCAGUGACUCGCCUGGUGGCCACGUCGUUGGCUGGUACCAAUAUGCCACCCAGACAGGUGACGUGGCUCUGAGAGACAGCUGCCUGCAGUACCUAGCCUGGAACCUAUCAUCGGUGCUGCACAGCAGGGAGUGGGCCUCGCUCAGUGAGGAGCUGUUGCUCUCACUGCUGCAGCGCUCCGACCUUAUCUUGCACAGCGAGCUGGAGCUGUAUGAGGCAUUGGAGGCUUGGAUCACGCAGAACCAACCUGGUGGCCCCACCGUGGAGUCGGCACUGCGCUCCAUCCGCUACGGCAUGAUCCCCCCACAGCAGCUCUUUCGGCUGCAAAAGCAGUCACCACUGAUGCUGAAGUACUACGAGUCAGUGCGUGAUCUCCUCUUCCUGGCCUUCCAGUUCCACUCUGCCUCCCCAAUACAGCUCGCCAAAUAUUUUGAUGUCAACUGCAGCAUCUUCACACCUCGCAACUACCUGUCGCCAGCCUGGGGCUCCCAGUGGGUGAUUAACAACCCUACUCGCGAUGACCGCAGCACCAGCUUUCAGACACAGCUAGGCCCCAGUGGCCAUGAUGCCAGCAAGAAGGUGACGUGGAACGCACUCUUCUCACCUCGUUGGCUGCCUCUCAGCAUGCGAUCAGCCUACGCAGAGAGCAGCGCCAUGCUAGCCACACGUGCUGCAGCCUCUGAUGGCACUGGCCACCCUCGCAUUAUCGUCACGCCGGCCACUUCUAGCGCCGAUUUUGCCGGUGUCAGCUUUCAGAAAACAGUAAUUGUCUCCGCACGCCAGCAAGGCAAACCAGUGGUGCGGCAUGUCUACAACUUCCACCAGAGCACUGAAGAGACAGGAGACUUCCUGGCAGAUGCGGACCUGCAGCGGCGAGCCUCUGAGUAUCUUAUUGACAGCUCCCUGUACCUUCACAUUGUGGUCAAGCCCCUCUACCACAGCCUCAUCGUGGCCAGGAAGUGAAACCCCUUUCCAGCUAGAAGAAAAGAGGUGCACAGAGGCAUGAGAUUCCACACACACACACACACAAAUUCAGUUUAAGCAGUGCACUAAAAUUGUGGCUUCAGUAUUUUUUUCUCUUAGUUGGAUGACCUCAUUCCUACAGUCAGAGGACUGUAGUUUAUUUGGUUGUUUUUUAAUGUCCACCUGUUUUUCAUUUAUCUGAGCAGAGUAGAGAGGUGUCAAGUUCCAGAUGUCCCCAAUGAUAGUUUUACCCUUUUCAUUGCACAAAGUCCAAGUGGCAGAAAGUCAUAAUCCUGUACCAUAGAACUCAAAAUCACAAUGCAGCAUUACCUUGGUGUGUGCAUUCAGGAUACACUUCAGUGGCAGAUAGAACACCAUACAUCAUGUGUCAUUUGUGAUAUCUUCAGUGCUGUUCAAAUCGUGUGCAACGAAACUUGGCUAUGACCUUGGUUUUGGUUUUGUUUACAGAAGAUGGAAUUUUUUCCAAGAAGUGCACAUUGGAAAUAUGCAACGCCAUCAGCACAUUCUUACCACUGGGUGUACUACAUCUCAGGAAAGGUGCCAGCCUGGGAUUUUCUUGUUGACAGCUGCCAAUUCUAAGGUGCUGCUGUGUGCACCCCAAAGGAAACAGCAGAAAGGGCCAUAGUUACCAUGAAUAUCAAACCAUACAUAAACUUUCAUAUUACAUUACAGUGUGUACAUAACAUCAAAAUCCAUAAACUCCGCUCUCUGAAACGUGUUUUACAGUUAAAAAAACUUUUAUCUAGUUGCCACUGUUCCAACAGAAAUUAUACUCAACUGUUCCAGUUGUUAUUUUCUAACUUUGAUGUACAGUAGUUAUUUUAGUCUAGAACUUUUGAAAUAGCUGUAUGAAUAACCAAUCUCUGGUAGGAAGAGAACCGAUUUUUUAACAGUAUUCUUCCCCAUCAGCCUUCCUGAUGUUGUGACUCAUGAAAGUAUAGAUUUUUGAGAUUAAAAUUUAGGAAAAUGUAUGAAGUAUAAUCUUGAAGUCUUUAUUUAUGCAUAUUCCCCACCCCUCUCCA